GCUAGCGCUGACGUCCACUUCUGCACCACAAUGGCGUCGCUGACGGCAGAUAUGCAGAAACACCGGCCCGUUUCUGUAACAUCACCUAAAAAACAAAGCAAGAUGUUGACUCAAAGGAGGGUUAGACUUCUGGACAAUGGUGUGCUUUUAAUGCUGUCGUUUGCAGCAAUGCUGCACUGUGCUCUUGCUGACGGGAAAACGUUGGUUCUACUGGACAACCUCAACAUUAGAGACACCCAUUCAAUGUUCUUCCGUAGUCUGGCAGAUCGUGGAUUUGAUCUCACUUUCAAGACCGCUGACGAUCCUUCUCUAUCCCUAAUAAAAUAUGGCCAGUUCCUGUAUGACCACUUAGUCAUCUUUUCACCAUCUGUUGAAGACUUUGGAGGGAAUAUUAAUGUGGAGACCAUUACAUCUUUCAUUGAUGGUGGAGGAAAUGUCCUGGUUGCUGCAAGUUCAGAUAUCAGUGAUCCUCUGAGAGAACUGGGCAGCGAGUGUGGCAUUGAGUUUGAUGAGGAGAAAACUGCCGUUAUUGACCAUCACAACUACGAUGUCUCAGAUCCUGGAGAGCACACUCUAAUUGUUGCUGACCCUGAGAACCUGCUCAAAGCUCCCACUAUUGUCGGAAAACCCACCAACAAACCGGUUUUAUUUAAGGGCGUUGGAAUGGUAGCUGACCCUGAAAACCCUCUAGUCUUGGACAUCCUCACUGGCUCUUCCACAUCUUACUCCUUCUUCCCAGACAGACCAAUUUCUCAGUAUCCCCAUGCUGUCGGCAAAAACACAUUGCUCAUUGCUGGGCUUCAGGCCAGAAACAAUGCCAGAGUGGUUUUCUGCGGGUCUCUGGAGUUUUUCAGUGAUGCCUUUUUUAACUCAGCUGUGCAAAAGGCCACACCGGGAUCUAAGAGACAUGAGAAAACAGGGAACAUGGAGUUGGCAGAGGCUCUGUCUCGCUGGGUGUUCAAGGAGGCUGGAGUUCUUAGGGUGGGAGCUGUUACCCACCAUCCUGUGGGAGAAACCACUCCCCCAGCAGCAUACACCAUCACUGAUCUUGUGGAAUACAGCAUUGUCAUUGAGAUGCUGUCCGAGGGCCGCUGGGUUCCCUUUGAUGGAGAUGACAUUCAACUGGAGUUUGUGAGGAUUGAUCCCUUCGUAAGAACUUACCUCAAGAAAAACGGAGGAAAAUACAGUGUUCAGUUCAAGUUGCCUGAUGUGUACGGAGUCUUUCAGUUUAAGGUGGACUACAACAGACUGGGAUACACACACCUUUACUCCUCUACCCAAGUGUCAGUGCGCCCCCUACAGCACACUCAGUACGAGCGCUUUAUCCCCUCAGCUUUCCCGUAUUAUGCCAGCGUCUUCUCUAUGAUGACAGGUCUUUUCAUCUUCAGCAUAGUUUUCUUGCACAUGAAAGAGAAGGAGAAGUCAGACUAAAUUAGAGGAACAACAGGGAUGUGAAAAAUGAGAUUAUAAAUUUGAACUUGUGAAGAACUUAAAUUGAGUCUUUGACUGCAGUCUUGGGUAACAAUACAGUGUCUUUUUAUUUGUUUGGGGUCUGAAGGCAAAGGGUGAUCCUGAGUUUUUUUUUAAUUUCUGCUAUGAAAUAAUUUAAAGACCUGUCCAUGUUCUGAUGUUAGUGUUUUUAUAAAGUUGCUUUACGUUGACAAAAGUAUCGAAGUCAAGCACUUGUCUUGGGCCAUAAGUGAAUCCAGAAAAGAUUGACACUAGCUUCAAAAAUCACAGUAAUUAAUUGUAGUGACCUCAUGCACUGAAAAUGCCAUUUUGUUUCUGAUAUGGAUGGUUUCCAAUAAAAUCUGGAGUCUUCAUAAUAAAGUACUGACAUUCCA